UAUCCCCCAUCGUCGCUAUCUGCAGCUGUUGCCACUGCUACUGAUCAUAAGAUUUCCAUUACCCUAAAUAUAAUGUCCUCCCUUCCAAGCAGUACUGCUGUUUUCACUGAUGUGAUGAUGCAUAUAAGAGAACCCAAGCGAGUAUUUUGGUGUUCUUUUUCCCAGCCAACAAAAAAGAGAACAACUAUAGCGUCUGAAGAUUCCAUAACUAAGAUAUUAUAGAGAGAGAGAGAGAGAGAGAGAGAGAGAGAGAGUUUUGAUUUCUCUGUAUUUCUUUUCUUUGUUCUCAUUUUUUAAAAAUUAUUUAUCUUCCUCCCUGAGAUCGACAGGCAGAUCCCACCCAAAUAAACAAAGAAAAUCACCCACAUGCCUGUCUUCAUUAAACCCUCGCGACUUCAGUACUCGCUCUUGUGAUAUUAUUCUUUUUUGCAGCUUUAAUCCGUGGAGAUCGGUUCCAUGUCAGGAGAUUCAGGUGUUUUGGCAAUCUCUGUUGACGGUGACGUGGUGGCCGCCGGAGCUGAUCAUGGCAAUAUUAGGACAGAUCACGUUGUUGGGUGUAAUAUUAUUUCAGGUGAUCAUCAUGAUCACGAUAACGGCGGAGGUGAUGAUCAUGAGACCGGUGAUAUUAAAGCUAACGGCGGUGGAAACCGAUGGCCUCGCCAAGAAACUUUGGCACUCUUGAAGAUACGUUCUGAUAUGGAUGCUGUGUUUCGUGGCACAAAUCUUAAAGGUCCACUAUGGCAAGAGGUUGCAAGGAAACUAGCAGAGCUUGGUUAUAAUCGAAGCGCCAAGAAAUGCAAGGAGAAGUUUGAGAAUGUCUACAAGUACCACAAAAGAACAAAAGAAGGUCGAAUCGAGAAGUCAGAAGGAAAGACAUAUCGGUUUUUUGAUCAAUUACAAGCGUUCGAGAGUACUCAUGUCCGACAGCCUAAACCUCAGGCUAUCUCUAUAGCAGUGAGUACUCCGGCAGGACUUCCGGCUUGGACUAGUACUAUGAUCAGCAGUACUCCAAAUGUCUCUCAUAUCAGUACUGUUCCAUUAACAGCAAACCCUAUAUUCAUAUCCCAGAAUGCUGUCACUCCAAUAUCAAACUCUCCAAUUUCCCCAAUACCAGCAAAAGUUCCUGUAAUUUCUUCAGCACAAACAGACAACCCAAGACAUGUUUUGCAAGGCACCAACAUGCAGUCCGGAAAUCUUUUCUCCAGUACUUCGACCUCGUCUUCAACGGCGUCAGAUCAAGAACUCAUGAAAGGAAGAUACAAGAGAAAGAGGAAAUGGAAGUACUUUUUCCAGAGGCUCGCAAAGGAGGUGAUAAAGAAGCAAGAGAAGCUACAGCAGGAAUUCUUGGAAACCAUCGAGAAGCAUGAAAAUGAACGAAUGGUUCGAGAAGAAGCUUGGAGGAUGCAAGAAAUGGCAAGAAUUAACAGAGAACACGAAAUCUUAGUACAAGAACGAUCCACGGCAGCAGAAAAGGACGCAGCAGUCAUCGCAUUCUUGCAAAAGAUAUCCGGACAACAUCACCCAACACAAGCACAUGACAAAAAUAUUACCACAGGACUGCUGUCACUGCCAAUGUCUCGGCAACCGCUGCCACCUCCACUGUCGGUGAACAGUUCCGAUAUUCAUAAAACGAAUAGCAUUGAGAAUAAUUCUCUUACACCGGAUAAGAGUUCUUCUAGAUGGCCAAAAACUGAAAUUCAAGCUCUGAUAAGGCUUCGGACAGGUCUCGAUCUGAAGUAUCAUGAAAGUGGGCCAAAAGCACCCAUGUGGGGGGAUAUCUCGGCAGGCAUGCGCAGGCUUGGAUACAACCGGAGUGCGAAGAGAUGCAAGGAGAAAUGGGAAAACAUUAACAAGUACUUCAAGAAGGUGAAGGAUAGCAGCGUGAAACGGCGCGAGGAUUCAAAAACGUGCCCGUACUUCCACGAGCUGGAUGCCCUAUACAAAGAGAAGAAGAACAAGAUCCAUAGCUCGAGCAGUCCUGUAAAUGAUGUGAAACCCAAUAGCCUAAUGGAGCCAUUGAUGGUGGAACCAGUGCGGCAGUGCCGGCCUCUACAAGAAGACAAUUACCAUCCACAGACGGCGGCAAUAAUGGGGGUUAUCGAUCGUACGGAAAAUGGUGAAAAAAAUUAUGAUGAAGAAGACAAUAAAGUGGCGGAUAGUGAUCAGGAAGAAGAUGAUCAUGGCGACGGUUAUGAGAUGGUAAUAAACAAACCUUCUUUAAUCGAAAAUGUUGAAUGAGACAAGCUGAUACGGAAGCUUCUUAAUUAUUAAAGCGAAUCAAGUGCUUUGUUGCGUCAUUAUAGAUAUAGAAAAAAUCUAAAUGCUUUGAAAAAGAGUUAUUAAUUUCCCGAGUUCAAUUCACAAUGAUUAUCUCCUGUUAUAUAUUUUCAGUUUUGAGUCUGAAUAUUGGGAUAUAUAGCAUGACCGUGUAUUUAAUAUGAAUUUGUGGUAUUUAAGUU